GCGAGCGGGGCUGGAGGAGCGCAGGCUGCUGCGUCCGUCCGCUUCGGUCCUCCCGGUCCUCUCUGAAGUCCCACGCGGCCUCGCCUCCUCGUCAUCCCCCGGGAACCAUGUCCAGGCUCAGUUGGGGCUACUGCGAGCACAACGGCCCUAUUCAUUGGAGUGAACUUUUCCCAAUUGCUGAUGGGGAUCACCAAUCUCCGAUUGAGAUCAAUACCAAAGAAGUGAAAUACGACUCAUCUCUCCGGCCUCUCAGUAUCAAGUAUGAUCCAACAUCAGCUAAAAUAAUCAGCAAUAGUGGUCAUUCCUUCAGUGUGGACUUUGAUGAUUCAGAAGACAAAUCAGUUCUGAGUGGAGGUCCCCUCACUGGAACCUACAGGCUACGACAAUUUCACCUUCAUUGGGGCUCCACUGACGAUCAGGGCUCUGAGCAUGCAGUAGACGGAGUGAAAUAUGCAGCAGAGCUCCAUGUGGUUCAUUGGAAUUCGGACAAGUACCCUAGCUUUGUUGAGGCAGCUCAUGAACCUGAUGGAUUGGCUGUUUUAGGUAUUUUUUUACAGAUUGGUGAACAUAAUCUACAACUGCAGAAAAUUACUGAUAUUUUGGACUCCAUUAAGGAAAAGGGUAAACAAAUCCGCUUCACCAACUUUGACCCAACAACUCUCCUUCCUCCAUCGAGGGACUACUGGACGUACCCGGGCUCCCUUACCGUUCCACCUCUUUUGGAGAGUGUCACUUGGAUAGUUUUAAAGCAACCUAUACAUAUCAGCUCUCAACAGGAAGUUGGUGCCAAACAUUUUCCCCUUGGGCUUUGCCACUGUUCUACCUUGCCAACUGAAGCUGUGACCUUAAGUUCAGCUAGCCAAAUUCCGAAGUCUCCUGUACACUGCAGAGGGUGAGGCAGCUGCCUUCUUGUUGAGCAACUACCGUCCGCCACAACCUCUGAAGGGCCGCAAAGUGAGAGCUUCGUUCCGCUAAAAGUUUCCUCUGAAGACAGCUGGAACAGAUGGGAUUGUGGAAGUACCUUCCCUUUAAAUUCACCUGGAGUGCUUUGCGUGAACCUUAGUUUGUGGGCACAACUGUUUCGUGACUGGGCAGAAGCCCUGAAUUUAUUCAUGACAAAAGAGCACUUCUCUGGAUCUUUAAGGCAAAAUAUAAUUUGGCCACCCCAGAUUGGCACGUUAGCACUCAUGCGUUAAAUGUUGUUUGUCUUCUCUCAGACUGUGAAGUACCUUCGUGUCCAUUGGUGAGAAAGUAUCCCAGACAAUGCGCCUUGCCGGGGAAGCCAAAUUGCUCAUUUCUCUUAAGGAAUUUCUAGUUAAAAACUUAAUGUCAUGUCUUUAAUGUUAGGAUUUUACUAGCCCUAAGUAUUUUAAUUUGUAACCUGUGGGUGCUAUAUCCUUUUAAAAUAAACCCAUUGUCUUAAUCGCUGAUUUAAAUAUUUGGAAUCUUUUUUUUUAUUUUUAAGGAUAAUAUAUUAGUCAUUGAGGAACACGGACCAAACUAUAUUAAAUGAAUAUGUCGGAGAGAGUUAGCAUGGAUUGGUGGAUGUAGAGCUUCCAUCUAAUCAGUAGAACCUGGGUUCGAGCCCUGCUCUAACCCUGGGCAAGUCACUUAACCUCUCAAUGCCCCAGACUAUUCUCUAUACCUACUGUGGGUUGCAGAACAGUUGCUAUCUAGUGGAGGGAAUUCUCUGGAGGGAUGAAAUCCAGGCCAAAUAAAAUAAAUCAAAGAGCCCAGAGGCCAACAAUAACUAAUAAAAUAUCACAAAGUAGUCUACUAAUUAUAUUAUAAAGAAUAAAUCAUACUUGACACUAUAUUUGGCUUCUGCCAUAAAAAACACAUUUUUAUUUUCUCAUUUAGAAACAAACAUUAGAAAUUUAAACAGUGUGUGGAUUUCUCCGUGAUCUUAUAAAGUGACUUUCAUAGGCCUCAUAAUUUCACAGGCAGAACUGCUCCGAGAGUAUGGCAAUAAAAGUAAGGACCCAUUGGCUCUAGGCUUUCUUUCCCCCAACAUAUAACAUACUUUGUUGGCUAUUGGGCAAUGACUCAAGGAGCUAAUCCUAUUCAGAGAAAGGGUGGAGGUGGGAGUAGGUAAAGAACUGACUGUACAGAUUUCUUAGCUGGUGCUAAAAUUACCUGAAAUUCAUGUGUGAACCCUGUCUACAAAUUUUGGGGGUACAGCCACCCCACUCCAUUUCCACACUUGCCCUUUGGUGAGUAAUUGUUAUGGUCUCCCCCUGGCUUCUCUAGAUGUUCACUUUAUUUUAACUUGAUAUAACUUGGUAUUAAAAGGCUCCUCUGGGUCCACCCCAAUUCACUUUCACUAUUAAAUGAAUUAAAUGACACUAACUAGAAUAUUUAACUGUCUCCAGAUGGCUAUAAUUAAUUUUCUUUCUUGUCUUUUGGAAGAAGUGUUGAUUCUGUAGGAUUGUGUUUCUUUGAUUUUGCAAAUUUGUUUAAUAUUUUGUUCUUUUUUUGAAAAUGGGUUUUAACAUAUGAAUUUGUUUUGGAAUAUUUUCUGAGAUAUAAUAACUUGGUGUUAAAAUAUGUAAUUGUAACAUUGCGUCUCAUAUUUUGGUUCAGUUUAAUGUGAAAUUCUUUGACAAAUUUAUAGUUCUUUUUGAGACUAAUAUACCAAGAGUUAAUUUAAUGUUAAAAAAAACAAAACCUCAGGUCAAAUGUCCUUAUGGUAUUGUUUUAAAAAAGGGAAUUCUGAUUAAAUUCUGAUUAAUUGAGCUUGUGUACAUGCUUUUGAUAUAGAAUUAUUCUUUAAAAAAUACCUGUGUUGAAGAAAGAAACUAAUUUGAAAAAGUUAACUGUGAAGUGUUAUAGUUGGUGAAAUAGCCUUGUUUUCCUAAGAAAAUCUAGGAAUACACAUCAGGAGUGUAUAUAAGAAUAUAACCCUAAUUGUGGUGUUCAUGGAUUGCUGUUUCAAUAUCAUAUUUUUUUCCACUGCAGUAGUGGAAGUGCAGUACAUCUGUACUGUUACAAAUUAUAUGUUAGGUGACUCUAAAAAAAAAAAAACAAGCCCAGAAACAAAACAAAAAAACCCACCCAGAAUUGAUCUCUCUGA